GAAGAAGGAAAAUAUAAUGUAAUCAAAAGAAAUAAGUUUACAUUACCUGAUCUCUCCAGGACUUUUUGCAUGGAUUAAUUUCAUUUCACUGAUGUUUCACUUGACACAUCAUUCAAUGUCAGUUUACCUACUCGAACAAAACACAUCAGCUGAAAAGUUUUUGUAUAGAAUACCUCCCACCCACCAUGGAGAGUGCCUUCAGUCCAAUCAGCGAGGCCUGCAUGAAGGCCCUUAGCGACAAAACCUACGAAAAGCGUAAGAUUGCCGCAUCCGAAAUCGAAAAGAUGGUUGCCGAUUUCAACUCCAAGAAAAAUUAUCCCCAAAUCAGGAAGAUAAUCGAAGUGCUGAGUAGGGAGCUGGUUACCUCGAACGAUUCCAACAAAAAGAAGGGAGGCCUAAUCGCCUUGGCCGCCACCAGCAUUGCCCUGCAGCGGGACAUCGAAAUGUUCAUCGAUGAGAUCAUCAAUCCGGUGCUCAACUGUCUAAUGGAUACCGAUACCCGGGUCCGAUACUUUGCCAGUGAAUCACUCUACAACGUGAUCAAGGUGGGCCGAGCCUCGGUCAUUCCCAUGUUCCCCAGUCUGUUCACUUCGCUCAGCCGACUGGUGACGGAUCCAGAUCAGAGUGUGAAAAACGGAAGCGAACUACUGGAUCGACUGCUGAAGGAUGUUGUGAUUGAAUCGUCACAGCACUUUGAAAUGGAUUCUUUCAUACCGCUGGUCAGAGAACGAAUCUUUGCCAAGAAUUCGUUUGCUCGGCAGUUUAUCAUAUCUUGGAUUUCGGUGCUAAAUUCAGUACCUGACAUCAAUAUGAUAGUGUAUUUGCCGGAGUUGUUGAUCGGAUUGUUUCCGAUGUUGGAGGAUAACAUGCUGGAAAUCCAACGGAUGUGCGAAUCACUGUUGGCACAGUUUUUGAGAAUGAUCAAGGUCGAACCCAGCUCAGCAGAUAUUCCUGAGAUGAUGAAUGUGUUAAUAAUUCACGCCCAAUCCAGUAAUCAGUUGGUUCAGUACACUGCCAUCGCCUGGAUUAAGGAGUUUGUCGUCCUGGCUGGUGGUAACGUUAUGGGGUUUGCGUCAGGAAUUUUCAUAGCCAUCUUGCCGUGUUUGGCCUUCGAAAGCGAUUCUAAAAAGCACAUUAAGGACAACGCUGCGGCAGUUAACAUUCACAUGAUGGAAUUAGUUUCUUCAGACAAAGAUAAGGAACAAAAUCUCAAAAAGAUGGAUCUGGACUCAGUGAUGGAAGUACUAAGGCAAUACCUCAUUCACAGUUCGGUUCCCACGAAGAUUGCAGUGCUCAAGUGGAUUCAUCAUUUGUUCACCGAAGUACAGGAGGAAAUGUCUCGCCAUGCUAAGAAUCUGUUUCCCGUUUUGUUGCGAGAUUGUCUCUCGGAUAGCUCCGAUGAAGUGGUUCUUCAGGCAAUCGUUGUAUUAGCAGAAAUUGUUAAUUCAGCCACAGCCAAGGGAAGCAACUUUGAGCACAUGGAAUAUAAGCAUUUUCUGAUGGAACUUUUGACUUUGUUUAGUGAAAAUAAAGCUUUUCUGGAAAACCGAGGAACGCUGAUCAUCAGACAGCUCUGUCGGCUGUUAAAUGCGGAAUACAUUUACCGUACAUUUGCCGAAAUUCUUCAGGAAGAAACCACAAAUCUCAAAUUUGUUUCCAUCAUGGUGAGGACACUUAAUACAAUCCUUCUCACCACAUCCGAUUUGUUCGAUUUGCGAAACACUCUCAGGGACAUACGCGAAGAUCAGUCCGCUUCGCUGUUUCAAUGUUUGUACAAAUGUUGGUCCCAUUGUGCCGUCUCAACCGUGUCCCUUUGUCUGUUGGCUCAGUGCUAUCAACACGUGUCACAAAUUGUUGAAUUGUUUGCCGACAUGGAGUUAACGUUAGAUCUACUGGUUGAAAUCGAUAAGUUAGUGCAACUUAUUGAAUCACCAAUUUUUGCUUCCCUCCGACUGGCGCUCGUGUCUCACACCAACAACAACGCCGACGCGCAGCACUUAUCACGAGCGUUGUACGGUAUUCUUAUGUUGCUGCCGCAAACCAAUGCCUUCAAUUUGCUCAGAAAUCGACUGCAGUGUGUGCCCAACUACUGGGGUCAACCGAUGAACAUUGACUCGUGUUCAUCAAACGAAAGCCAAAGUCAGAUCGAUUUUGGAAAACUGUUUGAACACUUCAAACAAAUUCAGGAUCUGCACCGUCAACAGCGAUUGGACCAGAGGAAAAAGAAACAGUUUUAGAAACAAUAAACAAAUCAAAAGAAAAUAAAACCACCAAAUCAAUGGCUUUCGGAUAAUGCUUACCUGCAAUAAAUAACAGAAAUUCACAUUCCA